GCGCUCAGCCCUCCAGCAGAGAUCGCGCCCCGCGUCCCGCCCCACGCAGCUUCCGGGAGGGUCCACUCGGCUUCCCGGCCAGCCCCUCGCCCCCAAACCCACGGAGCCCAAAAUAUAAAGCCGGGGCGCAGCCCAACCCCUUCCUGCUGGAGGACCGGGUCGCUGCUCCGGGCGCAGGGAUGCCUCCUGGGAGAGGCGGCUCUGGGGGUGAGCGCCCCCAGGCCGGGAGCAAAGGGCGGGCAGGGCCAGCCUAGGGUGUCGCCUUGCCUGCGGCCCUCCAGGCAUGGACGGCGGCCCUGCAGAUGUGCAUGGAGCCGUCCUUGCUGUGUUGUGAAGCCUCGCCUUCUGGCAAGACAGGCCGAAAUUCCAGCCCACGCCCACUUGAGGCCGGCAAUAGGAGAGGCCCUCCUGGGCUUUGUACCCUGACCCUCAGCUCCCUAUGCUAGGGGACCAGCCGGGGGUGCACAGCAUUGUGGGAAACCCAGAGCUGUGCUGGGCAUCUGUGCAGGGAGCCAGGCUUGUCUGGGGAUAAGCAUUAGCGAGGUUCUGCCCUCCCGGAGACAGGAGGUGUCUGUCUAGACAGAGAGGCCCUGGGCCCCCCUGCACGGUUCAGACUCUGGCACCACACGGCUUUGGGGCCCCCACAGUCACUCUCCAGACCUGGUUCCGGGGCUCUUGGGGUGCAGGCUAGCAGUCUGACAAAGUGGGAGCCCUCUGGUUUCAGCCUGCAGUCCCCCAAAGUACAGUUGAGGGGAGUUUUCCAGAAUGAUUCAUCUCAUGUAGACCAUUGUUUUAAAACCACAAGCCAAGCUGUCGCUGGAGACACCCUCUGAGCUUUUAACCUCAUUCUUGGGCUAGAUAAUCUGACAGUUCAGAAAACCACUCCCAGGGAGUCCGAGCUCGGGACAGUCAUUUAGAAGCAGUGACCACGGUCAAGGUGAGGAGUAGAGAGGAGCGUUUUUCCCCCCUGCACCCUCUGUUGCCUGGAGCAGGAAGUCACUGCAGCCUGGUUCACCGGGAUCCAUCCCCAGGCCUCUUCUUCAGACGGCACUGCUGUUCAUCGAGUUAACAUUCCUGAUCUAGACUCUGAGAAGGCCUCUGGGGAUGUCUUGUAUGCUGUGUUAUUUUGCCAGGGCAGCUUGAAUAAUGACCACAGUGAGGUGGGCAAAGCCCAGUGGAAGAGCCCUCCCCCUCGGCAUUGUUGGCCCCCCGCUGUCCUUAGGGGGGGAUCUCCUUGGAGUGUAGUGCUGUGGGAAAGACCACCGGCUGUCGUGGGGGCUCCAUCCGAGGACUUGGAAGCGCCUUCUCACAUCCCCAGCCGUGCGUGUCCUGGUACAUCAGACCAAUGGCUCAGGGGAAUUGGAACUAUUAAUUGUUGUGGUUAACUGUAUUUGGCCUCAGGUCAAAAGUCUAUUUAAAAAGUGGGCCCAAGAUGCUAAAGAGUACACGUAGGGAGAUGGAAGACCCAGUCCCUGAACCAUCUUGGAAUGUUAUACUGAACCUGGACUUGAAAAGAAUCGCAGGAGCUACUGGUUCGUGUCAAGAGUCAACCAACCCGUGAUGUGUCGCUGACCCUGACUCCCCCAGUCGACCUUUCCACCCGCCCAGAGGCUUUGCGUCUUCACCCCGUGGCCCCCUCUUGACGACUACAGAAGGUAAACCACGCCUCUGCUCCUUUACCGGAGAAGAUGGACGGAGGGAUGACGGAGGAAGGAUACCCGUGUCAGCUUCCACGAGCUCGGCCCAGGGCGCUCGGAAGCAUUGUCUCAUGAGUCUCCUCGGCCACCGGCCCCGUACAGCGGAGGAAGCUGAGGCCCGGGGGCCUGUGGCUCCCGCGCGACCUGACCCGGGGCGCCCGCCCGGCGUGCCCGGCUGCAGGAUGUGAAGCGGGCGGAGAAGCGAAGCCCCGCCUCUGCGCGCGCCCGCUAGGAUGUUUCUCAUGAACGCGCCUCCUGUGCUGGCCCUGCGGUCUGCAUGGGAGGCCUUUGGCCCGCCCGGGAGCUGUAGGUUUCCCAGAUGCUUCUCGGAGCCCAGAGAGGGCGUCUCGAGAGCAGCGGUGAGCGCCAAGGUGCAGAUGGCCAUCAGCAGGCUUCAGGGCGACGGGGCAGCCCUGGGCAUGAGCGGCGAGCAUGCCCGGCCGAGAAGCCAGAGGGCGGAGAGGGGCCGGGGCGCCCCACCGGCCGCCAGCCCCGCCUUUGCGGCCUGUAGUCUUGCCGCAGGUCUUGACCCCAAAGGGGAGGAGGAGGAGGCCAACCUCGGGCCUCUGGUGCCGGGUUCAGACAGCGACGACUCGGUGGACCGGGAUAUCGAGGAAGCCAUUCAGGAGUACCUCAGGGCCAAGAGCGGGGCCGCCCUGCCGCCUGCAGCCGGGGACGUGGCCCGUCGGUGCAGACCAGAGCCACCUCUGAGCGGUGCCCCAGCCGCCCCGUGUCCCCCAAACCCUGCAGCUGGCCCCGGCCGUGUCCGGGGCUCCGCCUCCCCGCUCAGCGUGAGCAGCGACGACUCCUUCGAACAGAGCAUCCAGGCGGAGAUCGAACAGUUCCUGAGCGAGAAGAGGCUACAGAAAGGUGACCUCCCUGCCUGCAGAAAGGCAGAGCCUGGCGACAGCGUGGCCAGAGCGACCUGCAGGCCUGGCAGAGAGCCGCCGCUGAAGGCACCGCAGCAGGGCCUGCCAGGAGCUGGCAAGGAGUUCGUCUUCCGGAAGCUGCCCAGGUCCGCGAAGGCCAGCGCCCUGCCCAGAGGCCUCAGGUGCAAGGUCGCCGCCGCCGAGCCUGCUGCUGCUGCCACCACGGGGCCCCCUGCAGAGGCCACGCCGGGUAAAGCUGGGGUCCGCAGGGCCAUGGGCUCCGCGCGGAAGGGCAGGCGGCCGAGGGGCGCAGCCCUGAUGCGCGAGGAGCCGGACUCGAGUAGCGACGACGGCAUCGAGGAGGCCAUCCGGCUGUACCAGCGGGAGCGGCGGCAGGAAGCCGUGGGCCAGCAGGGGCCCCCGCCCGCGGAGGAGAAAGGCCCCACGGCCCCUGCUCAUGGCCUGAGGGGCGCCUGGCCCGAAGCCCACAGCAAAACCCCCGGCAAAAAGAAGCCAGCGGCCCCCAAGGCCACAGACCUCAGCCUGGGCGGCCCAGACCCCGACCACCCGCCCAGGACCCCCAGGGAAACCACGGCUCCUGCGCCUCCGGGGAGUGCAGCUGCUGGGACCCCAGGCAUGGACGGGUCCCCACACCGGGCAGACGCGUCUGCCGAGCUGAUGUGCGCCGAGGCCAUCCUGGACAUCUCCAAGACCAUCCUGCCGGCCCCCGUGGACGGUGGGGAAAGGCCCCCGCCCACCAGUCCGCUGCUCGAAGGCCCUGAUGGGCCUCCCCGCCCCGACGGCGACAGCAGCGCGGUGGACAGUGACGACAGCAUCGAGCGGGAGAUCCGGACAUUCCUGGCCCUGAAGGCGCAGUCGGGGGGCCCGCUGCCCCGCACGGAGACCUGCACCCGGCCCGCCCACAGCCCGCCCCUGCCGCCCAGCCUCAGCGCCCCAGCCUCCAGCACCCCAGACCCUCCGGGCUGCAGGAGGAGGCGUGGCAGGACGCCCUGCACUCCCAGGCAGCCCAGAGACAUGGCCGAGACGCAGGACGCCCAGGACGCCGAGCGCGGCCAGGGCCGGGUGCAGCCUGGCCAGGGGCGAGCCCCCGAGGCCCCCAGAAAGGAGGGCGAGAGCCGCAGCCAGCCUCCCCGCUUCAAGACAGGCGGGCCGGGCGACGAGCUCGGGGCCCCGGACCCGCCGGGAGCUGCACCGCCAGGCCCCGGGCAGACGGCCGAGGGGAGGCGCGGGGACGCGAGCUCCGAGGAGAAGAGCAGCUCGCUGGACAGCGACGCGGACCUGGACUCGGCCAUCAAGGACCUGCUGCGCUCCAAGCGGCGGCUCCGGAAGAGGUGCAGGGACGCCCGGGCUGGCUGCAAGAAGAGGGUCCGCUUCAGCACCACGGAGACGCAGUUCCUGGACAAGCUGGGGGGCUUCCAGAAGGACUGGAGAGACCGAAGCCCCCACCUGCUGAAAAGCUGUCUCUGCAAGUCCAGCAGGGAGACCCCAGGGAGACCCUCGCGCGUCCCCUCCCGGGAAACAGCAGGGGCGAAGGUGGACGGCUCGGGGCCAGAGGACGCACCCUCGGGCCCCUCUGCCCCCUGGCCCCGGGGCAGGGCUGCGGCCGGGGGCCUGUUCUCCAGGGAGUCGGAAGCCCGCGAGCCUCCCGGUCCCUCCGAAAGCCCCAGCUCCCUGUCUGAUGAUAGCAGCUCUGUAGACAGUGACGACAGCAUCGAGCUGGAGAUCAGGAAGUUUUUGGCCGAAAAGGCCAAGGAGUCUGUGAGCAGAUCAGAAAUUCCAGGAGGGGGCCUGGCCAUCAUGGGAACUGCGAGUGGGGCCAGGCCAGAGCUCCCGGGCCGGAAAGCACAGCCCCCGGGCCCAGCUGCCCAGGCAGGCAUGUGCACGCGGAGCCAGAGGGUCAGAGGGGGCCCGCAGCCAGGGGCCGAGGGACCCCGGAGGCCGGGAAGAGCCCUCACUCCAGGCGGUGGGGGCAGCCCACACCCCGAGCAGCCCUGCCCCCCAGCCACCCUGGCCUGGUGCGAGCUGGCGCCACCCAGGAGCACCAGCAGGCCUGCCCCUGCUAGAGGGGCGCCGGCCCCCAGGAGGAACAUCUGUGCCCCCAGAGACUCAGGCCCCAGGGGGCCCGAGGGGGUCGCGGGGGAGGGCACGUUUGGCCAGCUCCCAAGCCGCACGGAGGCUGGCGCCUGGGCAGAGGGCCAUGGCUUGCUGGCACGGACCCCGGGCUCCGAGCGGGAUGGGGUGCCCCGGGCCGGCCUCGCCCCCCAGAGCCGGCUGCAGAGCACCUGGGUACUGGGCCCGGAAGGCAGGGAUGCGGCCGCGUGGAGAGGGGGCCUUGGCGGCCAGAGGGAGAAGGGGCCAGGGAGCCAGGCCCAGGGCUCACCCAGCCUCGCCGUGGACCCCCGGAGGGGCCUGCCCUUCACCGGCUUCUCGCCGCUGCUCUCCACGCAGCUGUUCCAUUUUGGGAAGUGCGUGCCCUGGGGCACCAAGCAGGCCGGCCUCUUCAGCCCCGGCCUGGGUCUGCCCCUGCAGGGCCCGUCCUUCUCAGCCUUCCGGGAGGCCCAGGCCGCCUGCGGCCCAGUGUUCGGAAGCCCGCACCUGCUGGUGAAGGAGGGCGGCCGCUGGCCUUGCAGGAAGCCCCGGGCAGGGCUCGGCCUGUCCAACAGGAGGGGCUCGGGGCCGGAAGAGGGUGUCCUGGACCUGCGUUUCGGGCGCAGAGGGCUGGACAGAGACGAGGAGGAGCCGGAGGCCUUGGGCAGCGAUGCCAGUGAGCUCAGCGACGUGUCUGUGGAGGAGGGCGGCGGGCCCGCGGCCCAGGGCCCGGCGUUGCAGCUGUGAGCGCCAGGCGCCUGCCCCGCGGCCACGCUCCUGAUGGAACGGGGGCCCUGGAGGCCCCAUGCAGCCUGUACAUUUGUACACUAACGUGAAACCGUGUUUUUAUUUAACAGAUGUGUCCUGGUAAAUAUGAUUUUUGUAGCCUUUUUUGUAAAUUAUUUAAAGUGCUGUAAAAACUAUUUUUGAUGAACGCCGCUGUUGGAUCCUGCCGGGCGUUCCUCACAGCGGUUUUCCAUGGUCUCCACACGAGUCUGGGAUCAGCGGACAUUCGGUUCCGCGCAUCCCUGUGCUUGGGGCUGGCCGCUGGUGGGCAGGGCCUGCUGCGGCCACAGUGCCAGCCUCGGGAAGGCGGCAGCCGGAGCCCUGCCCGAGACUCACCAGACACCCCAGCAGCCCCUGUCAGGGCGCUGCUGGCCAGCACUUCUCAUGUGAGAGAGCCCCCGCCUCCCCUCGCAGAGGCCUGACGGGGUCCUCGAGCGGAAGAGCGUUUCAAAGCACAAAGGCCGGUGGGCAUACCAGCCGCCUGGGGCGCACGCCGAGACCCCCGGUGAGGUCGCCGGCCAGCCGUUCACACCUAGAGCCUCUGUGGUUCGGCAUCCAGUCCUUCUCAGUUCUGACACGACUCCACCAGCUCAGUAAACCCCUUUCUACGCGGAAGCUGCCGUCCUUCACGUUUAAUCGCAGCUCCAGAUGGUCUCAGCCAGCCCGUGUGUUUCCAGUGUCCUCGUCCUCAUCCGUGCCCGCGGAGCGGCUGGUGCCCAGAGUCCUGAGGACCGAGGCCGGAGCCCACCAGGGACUGGGCGGGGUGGGGUGGGGUGGGCUCCGGCAGCGGGCAGGCACGCCCGUCCCCUGUGCCCUCGGCGUGUCUGCCUGACGAUGCCACGCACAGCCGGGACGAGCCUGGUGCCCUGCGCCUUCCGCGUCACAGCCCGCGGGGCCGGCAGCCGAGCGUGGGUGUUCACACGUGUUUGUCCAGCGAGCCCUCACCGGCCACCCAGAGUGUCACAGCUCAUCGCUGCGGCUGCGGUGGGCCUGGGGCGAGGUUUAAGGUGCAGCUGAAGUUGGUCGUUAUUCUAAGUGCAAGUGAAUUUUCACAGGUUGUGUCCCCGCCCUGGGUCUUAGCGGGAAUACCCACUGGGGACGUGUGCGGCACCUACCGUGUCUGGGGUCAGACACUGCGGUGAGCAGGGCUGUGGAUCCCAUGACCCCCUGGUGCCCCCAUGGUGUGCAUCUGAUAUUUCCGUUGGCAAAUAUUCAUUCACUUAAGUGCUUCCGAGGAAAACAACUCAUUAAUCCAUGCUUUAAAUUGUAUUUAAUUUUAAAGGAGUGCUUUUAACACUUGACAACAGGAAUCAGCUUGUUUUGUAUAUAUGAACUGGGUUUUUUUAAUGCUAAUAAAUCAAGCACUGCUCACACCUCA